UCAGGUGAAUGUUCUUGACAUUCAGCAGGGUCUGUGAAUCAGCUGCCAACAGACUGUACAGCAUAUCAAAUGUAAGCUUACAACGUGAUAGUGAGAAUGAGAUAUUAUUAUUUUAUGAUUGUCUUGCGUAAUGAUCUUGUUCCCUCUCCCAUAAUAUGUGUGAACGAGCCUCACAUACACACACAAUACGUACUAUUUUUUUUAUUUUUUUAUUUUUUUAUUUGUUUGUUUGUUUGUUUGUUAUUUCGCCCGGCGUGUGUUUACUCUUCUGCAGCGACACACAUAUGACACAAGUGGGCGGAACUACAAGACACUGGCCGGCGAAUCGCACAGAAGCAGAGCAAUUACUGGCUAGGCCGUCAGCCAAUGAGAUUGUUACUAUCUGACGGCAGUGGCCAAUGAGAGGCUGUGCGUGGAUGGCACUCAGUUGGGCACGUGCAGAGAUUCUUUCAUAUUAUGGAACACCUACCUCCGCGGCUCUACCAUAGGACAUGGAGCAUAAACAUACCGUAACAGAACGUAACGUCAACUUCGUCACGUGAGUCUUCUUAGCCAAUCAUACAAUGGCCCUGACGUCAAAUGAACCGCAUUUCAGCAUGUAACGACAGUAAAUCACCGUUUGCGGAUACCAUACAAAUGAACGCAGAGCCGUAAACUCACACCUACCUGUUGCAAAACUGUCCGUGCCUUCUAUUAUAAAAUAGCAAUUUUAGCAUCGUAAGCUCCGCGCCUAGUUUUCUCCAAAAGAACGGUUUACUUUAAAUCAUGUUGAAGAUUAGCGAACAUGUGGCUAAUUCGUUAUAUUCUGAGUUUAUUCGGCGUACUAAAGUAUGUCGUCCAUUGACAUCCAUUCAAAAAAACGGCCACUUGUCUCCUCGCCAGUGUACCGUCGCGUUUGUUUCACUAACCUUGAAGGCGCGAGCCUGGGGGAGGGGCUCUGGCACGUGUGUCCAUGCACAUGUUGACGCUGGUGAAAGGGAGGAGAGAGAAAGAGAAUGAACCCAGAGAAGAGAGAUCAUCUGUGUGAUAGACUGACUAGUCAGGACCGUCGAGAAGGGUUCGCGUUGCUUUAACAGGCGCCCUGAAGAAAACCAAGAGACAGUCGAAGACUGAAAGACAAGAUGGGUGGACAGAAAAACUCAGUAAACAGUCAUGCAGUCCACAGGAAGUACUUCCUCUCAGCCCUCACAGGAUUCGCUGAGCUCCAGAGACAGUUUCCUGUUCAGUGAAGACAAUCCGGAUGUCUUCCUCUUGGAAGACAGGGACAUGACACGUGUAUCCCGCUCAGCUCAGUCCAAUUCCUCUAGAGGUAGUCUUUACAGUGUGGACGGAGAGCUGGAGCGUCCUGGAUCUCAGUGGGCGUGUGAUGGGUUCAGUGAAUCCCGUUACUCGGAGAGAUCAGAGGACAAUGGUCAAGAUAGGUCAUCGUUCCUGUCCCUCUCCUCCUCGACUUCGUCUGGAUUGGUUUGGAGCUGCUCUGAGAGCGAGCGAGGGAAAGAUGGAGGAGGAUCUGAAGGAGACCUGCUGUUUGCUCGUAAGUGUACAGAGCUCCAGGGAUUUGUCAGGCCUCUGCUGGAGCUUCUAAACGGACUGAAGAAAGGACGAUUUGACAAAGGUCUGAGCAGUUUUCAGCAAAGUGUUGCAAUGGACAGAAUUCAGAGGAUUGUGGGAGUCCUGCAGAAACCACAUAGUGGGGAGAAGUACCUGCCCACUUUGCUGCAGAUAGAGGUGAUGUUGAAGCUUUGGUUUCCCCAAGUGAUUUCUCAAGCUUCUGUGACACCUAACCCUGCUGACCUUUCACUUCAGAACAAUUCCAGCCAUGGCAGCAGCAAGAUCACUCCCCCCCACAAGCACAAAGACCAACUACACAUUCCAGUCAAGAAGCGAAGGUUGAGCUGGUCGGACACAGACUCGCCCUCCUCCUCACCUCUCGUGGUGUGUAAGCGCUCCAAAAUCAAAUGCUGUAAGGAGCAACAUCAGUGGUCAUAUGUUGAUGGAGGGGAGGGUUCUUCAGGGGCCUCUCCCCAUUCCUCACACACUAACCAAUCAGAAAAGAGAGUAGGUGAAACCUCGGCACACAAGGCAAUCCGGUGGUCAGGUUCAAGCCUAACAUGGGUGCAAUUCGCUCCUAUCUUCUCCCCACCUAAGUCUGGUCCCUCUCAUAAAGGCGGAGCGGCUAAAGAGAGAGGGAGCGGCUAUGUCCCUCUUCCAGUGUCUCCUGUCACCAGCAGGAUCAGCCCAGCCAUGCAGGACAGCUCCAUCUCCUCCACCACACCUUUUUCAGAGCCAAAUGGAUGCCAAUCCCAGCCUGUCACCUUGGGGAAUGCAAGUCCGUUACAGGGGUGUACCCAGACUCCACCAAUCACAAUGAAGCCUUCAAGCCUGGUAGAGCAGCAAAGCCCUUUACAAACCUGAUGCAGAAACACCAAGCACAACCAGCAGAGAAUCUUCUCUGUGUCAGAGAGAAUGCAAAGAAGAGUGAAGGACUGAAGCGUUGAGAUGUUUAAAAGUUUUGUCUAUUACAAUGAUUGCAACAGUAUUUCUAAAGAAUCUUGGAGAAGUUUAAACUCAACAUGUAAGACUUGAAUUUUGAUAUUAAUUGGAAAUUGGACUGCAAAUGAGAGUACCUAAAUUCAAGGUGAAGUGUGUAAUAUAUGUACCGUUGCACCAGUUGCAAAAGCAAUGACUCUCUUCCAUUGGUCUGACAAACAGAUAGUCAAACUCAUGUCAUUGGUUGAGCCAAUGUUGCUGUGUCAGGCUGGUCUGGAUGCUCAAACAAACACCAGUGUUUUAUUUGCAUCAAAGUGUGUUUACACUUUUCGGGGGAAUUAGACUAUUACGUCCACAUUAAUCCAGAUACAUUUGAUAACGGCUUUGUCAUUUUCGAAACGCUCUCCAUCGUUCAAACGUUUUCCAAAAUUUGCUCGUCCACACUGAAAUGUAUGAAAACUCUUAAAUCCCCUUACUGCACAUGCGAAAAAUCACCCUUCCAUGUACGGUCUGAAACGCAAUUGUCCUUGUGUUCCGUCGAGGGACAGCAAUUCAGAGUAAAAAAGUGAAAGUUGUACAAAGUAACAUUUAUCUUUAACUACGCCAUCAAAGUGAAUAGCGGGCACAACAACGCCGCUACAACAUCUAGAUUAUUUUGGGUUGAAUAGAUCACAUGACUGCAUUGUUUUUCAGAUAUCUCCAUUUCAACCGUCCACACUACAAUGCGAAGACGCCAUUAUCAAAUUUAUCCACUUGGGAAAGCGUUUUCGAAAAGCUCAGUUUUUGCGUCUCUGUUUGGACGGGAGGCCAAAAACGUUGAGGAAAACAUGCGUGUUCAAAUGAAAACGUAUUAGUGUGGACUUGGCCUGAGUCUACAGAUGGCUUUUAACACCCAAAAAAUGAAACAAUUCACCUUUAAGAAAAUGUGAUAUCAGUUGUGAAUUUGGAGUGUUUGCAAGAGUGUUAAAAUCUGAGGGAGAAGAGUGAUUGAUUUUGCUUUGAAUCCCAAAAUAAGGUCAAAUUAAGACCAGAAGGCAAUCAUUUUAAUGAAAGGUAAACACAAGGUCAAACUGCUGGCAGGAUCAAUCAUUUGAAUACUUUAUAUCAUUGAAGAGAUAACAUAAAAAAGGGUCUGUUUUUGCCAUGACUGUGUUGUCUCUAAAAUUGCUACUGAGAAUGUUGGUUGUCAUUAAAACUUGACAAAGCAGCCAGUUAGACAACACAGAUUUGGCAUGAAAGGCGCUUUUUGUAGCUCUAAAGGAAAAAAAUGUAGCAGCAACAUAACUGACUUUCUAAUAUCUGACUCCUUAAGAAUUUAUGAGUGGGUUGUAACAGAGGAUUUUAGCAUUUUCUUUUUAUUUUUUUUUUACUGCAUUUUAUAAAGGAAAUACAUUUUUCCCAUCCAAGUGGAACUUUUUGUGCUUGCAGUUGUGGGAUUUGAAAUGUAAAUGAAACCACUUUAUUUAUUUGCUGUAGAAUCUGUGUGAAAACCACUUGAAGUGGAAGAAUUACCAACCAAUGCUACAUUAAGUUAGCGUGGCUGAAUUGCGUAACUAAUUCAGAUAUGGCCAGUGGCAUAUUCCGUGAUUCUCAACCUGAUACAAUGAAAGAAAAUGAUGUACUAGCUUGGUUGGGAGAGAAGGGAAAAUGUCUGCGUCUGUGUCUGCUUCGUUGAUGUGAUAUCCUUUACGUAUGUGUACGGUGCUGAUUGUCUAUUAAAGAGACUGCAUAGUGAAAGCUGGGUAGAUGGAAAAACCUUGCUUUCAUAUAUGACAAAAAAAAAAAAAAAUCAUUUGUCAUUAUUUACUUACCUUUAUGUUGUUCCAAAUCUGUAUGACAUUUCUGUCUUCUGAAGUAAUAGGUAAAAUGUUAGGGACUGACAGCCUCAGUCACCAUUCACUGUUAUUGUAUGGAGAGAAAAAAGAUGCAAUGAAAAUGAAUGAUGACUAAGGCUAACAUUUCAAAAUUCAUAAGUUUUCAAACUAUUUUGUGUCUUGCCUCCGUGUUAUUUCCAGGUAUGAAGUGUUCCAUGGAAGAAAGAAAGUCAUACAGGUUUGGAACAACAUAAGGAUGAGUAAAUAAUGAAAUUAUUUUCAUUUUUGUGUGAACUAUCCCUUUAAGUGCGUGGAUGGGACUGUGAUGCUAGACAUCCGCUUGAACAAGGGUCAACAGUCAAAAGAAGGAGGGCAGUCACCGUGAUAAAACAGUUCUAAGAUGCCAACCCGAGGAAUCUUUAUUUAUUAUUUUGUUGUUUUCAACAUUUAUUUAUGUUUAUUUGUAUAUGUAUUUAUUCAAAAGGCAGCUGAGUUCAUUAGAGCUUGGUUUGUGUGGACUCUUUUUCAUGGACUGGAGUUGCUGUGUUUGAAGUUUUUAAUAUCUGUGUAAUGGAAGAGGUGGGAUAAAGGAAAUUUCAGAUUGGGAAACCUGUGCCUUUUCUCCAAAAGGAUGUGUGUAAAUAUGCAUACUUGUUGAUUGUGUAUUUUUAUCAAAUGAUAUAGAACACAAAAGCUCAAAACUUUUUGUAAUGCAUACAUUUUGUUCAUAAGAAUACUGCAUUUGAAUACACAGUAAACAGUGACCAAUAAAAACACAGUGAACUACAGUUUCUAGUUUAAAUGAUAAUAAAUAACUAUGCCAGUUGGUAGUCAUAGCAACAUUCGAAGUGAUGUAUCUUCUGAUCAAUCUCUGCAGGUAGUUGUGAUGCACCCAGGAAGUUGAUGGUUUGUUAAAAAAAUAUUUAUUGGAUUAAUAUUUUUUUCUGGGCUUAAAGAAAUAUAAUGUUGAUAUGCUCAUGUAUCAGUGGAUUAAAAAAAUAAAUUCGAAAACUGAAUUUUGGUGGAUGUAAACAAUGAGGGACAAACAAAUUGCAACAACUUCACAUGCUGCUAAA